UGAAGUGAUCUAAUGCAAUCCUGCUUCAGAAACUUCAUGAAUGAGGGGUUUAGGGUUUGAUGAUUUGGUAUCAUUUGGUUUGGACCCUCAUUCACUUUGUCUGUGGGAAAGGUCACUGGGGAAAACACUGAGCUAGAUAAGGCUUAGGCAAAUGCAGUGUGAUGGAGGAACACGACGAUUGGAGAUGCAAACGCAGAACUUCGUAUGAAGGUAGUGAGUUUAUUGGAGAAUGGCGUUUGUGAAGAGCGGAUGGCUGCACAGACAAAGCACCAUCUUGCGGCGCUGGAAGAGGAACUGGUUUGACCUCUGGUCAGAUGGGCGUCUGGUCUUCUACGAUGACCAGCAGCGGCGGGACAUGGAAGACGAGAUCCACAUGAAGGUGGACUGCAUUAACAUCCGCAACGCCAGCGCGUGUAGAGAUCUCAUGCCACCUGAAGGCAAGAGCAAAGACUCCCUCCUGCAGAUCGUCUGCCGGGACGGUCGGGUCAUCAGCAUCUGCGCAGACAGUGCAGACGAUGCUUUGGCUUGGACCAUGGCCCUCCAGGAUGCUAGACUCAACACUAUUGUGCAGCAUCCUCAGGUUGGUUUUGCCGAGGACAUCGUAGCAUCAGCUCCUCCACCCUAUUCUGAGUUAAACCCAACUCCACAGGUUUUCUGUCCUGAUGGAUAUGGCGGUUAUGUUCCUCAUCCUCCGCCUUAUGCCACACAGAUGGUCUACUCAGCAGAUGGGCAGCAGUAUGCAGUUGCCUACCCGUAUCUUUAUCAAGGCGGAUACGCACCCGGCGUCAACCACGUCAUAGUGCAGGAGCGUCGCCGUGACGACACAGGUGACGUUGCUCUGGGGAUGUUGGCUGGUGCUGCGACGGGAUUGGCCCUCGGCUCCCUGUUUUCAGUAUUCUAAUGUGUUUUUAUGAACCCAGCCCAACCCCACCUGACCUACAGUGCAGGAAACCCUUCCCGUGUUGUUUUAACUUUCCCUUUACGCCUCGUAAUGCGCAGGUCUGAUAAUGUAGCCGGGCUGGGCAAAUAUCUGUUUACUUUUCUGUAAUUGUCUUUGUACCAAAGUUUAUGUAAUUUGGAUUAGGCACCAACAAAUGCGUUUGCUUUGCAAAUUUAAUCUGUAGCAUACAAAGCUAUACACUAAAAUAUUGGCGGCUAGUCUUAAGAUAAGGAUAAUCAGUGAGGUUAGAAAUGAAAUGGUUUUAAAUGCCAUUUGCAGCUGCAAAGCCAAAAUUGUGCUGAAUUAAAUAUGUUUGUGACGGUCUCGUUUAAAAGGAAUAGCUCACUCAAAAAUGAAAAUUCAGUCAUAAUCUUAUUCUCAUAAAAUUUCUUUAAAAAAUAUCAGUAAAAAUCUAUACAAUUUUUUUUUCAAGAUACUAUUUUCCAUACAAUAAAAAUGGAUUUACAUCCAGGACAUCUUUAAUUAAAUUUUUUUUUGUAUAGUAUAGUAUAAUUUGGCAAGAAAACUCAUAAUAAUACAGAUUAAUACUGUGACUGCAAUUGCGAUUUUAUUCAGGAAUGCAUCCUUGCAUU